AAAAGAACAAAACAGAAAUCACAUAUCUUCAAGCUUAACGUAGUUGAAACAAUUUAGACAGGUGUUGUUUGGAGGUUAGAACACAUGUUCUGAUGUUCAUCGUGGAUCGUGUGCUACAGCUACGGAAACAGCAACAGCCAAGCAGUUGUUUUACAGAUGUCAACUGCCCACAGAUUUGGGUGUGCUUAUUCAACGAUUCUUAGGUCACUGUGCCAUAUCCUCAAUGCAUUGCCCUACUCAAAAAAAUUUACAGAAAUAUUGUACGCUUGUUCUAUAUAAAACAAUCAAACAGGAGAGAGCAACACCCUAAUUAGGGUUUUUAAUCAGGUGGUGGACAUGGAGAAGGAAGAGAGAAAGGUGGUAAAUAAGAGAGGCGGAGGAGGAGGAGGAGGAGGAGGAGAUAGCAUGGAGCGGUCGAGAAAAGGUUGCAUGAAAGGGAAGGGAGGGCCGGAGAAUGCUUUAUGCAGCUUUAGAGGAGUGAGGCAGCGGACGUGGGGGAAAUGGGUAGCGGAGAUUCGAGAGCCGAAUCGCGGGGCUAGGCUUUGGCUCGGGACUUUCAACACUUCGACGGAGGCAGCACUUGCUUAUGAUGAAGCAGCUAGAAAACUCUACGGCUCCUCCGCCAAGCUCAACUUGCCAGCCCACCACCAGCACCCGUCGUCCUCAUCGUUGUCAUCUGCUAAUUUGACCUCUUCAGUCACUAAGCCUACUUCUGAGUAUGGAUACUCCAUGAGGGAUUCGAGUAGUGGCAGUGGUUCUGCCAGUGGUGGUGGUGGUGAAGCUUCUCUGGCUUCAUUGACGGUCGGAGGUUGGAGUGUUGGAGAUUAUUUGUGGGAAAAUGGUAGUAGUGGUACUAAUAGUACCACUGGUUGUGUGUUGAGUAAUUGGGGUGCAAUUUGUGGAGAAAAGGAUAUCAUAGAGAUGAAUGGCAUGGGAGUUAUGAUGGAGUUGGGAGGAGAUGAGUUCAUAAAUUGGGAUGCUUUGGAACCUCCAUCGUGGAACUAAUCAAUUAGCUAGUUGAGUUUGUGAAGGGUCAAAUAUGUCCUGGAUUAGUAAAAACGAAGGGUCAGAUAUGUCCUGGAUUAGUAAAAACUUGUGUAUAUUAGCUUCAUAUAGCUUUUGUAGGAAGCCUUUUUUUUGUUUUUUUAAAUGUUAUAUGUUAGUUUAUGUUUUCAUCUAUUUUAUCUUUUAUGUUAGUGGAACGAAAAAUAAGGCACAUAUCAUGUAACUAUCUUUCUCUCCCUACUUUUUCUCCAAA